GGAGGAUUUGAGUCUGACUGGGAUUUAUUCGGAGUUUGAGAAAAUAUGAGGGGGCGAAACAAAGUUGCUACCAACCCCACCAAUCAGGCCUAUAAAGACGUUCUCCCAAGGUCGACAGCGUCAACAUGGCCAACAUCCUCAUGCUCUUGUCUCGCGGCGGCGGCGUUGGCGGCGGAGGCGGAGGAGGAGGCGGCGGCGACGAGAGUCGCGUGUUCGAGUGCAAGACGUGCAACCGCCACUUCCCGUCGUUCCAGGCGCUGGGCGGGCACCGCGCGAGCCACAAGAAGCCGCGGAUGGUCUCUGGCGACAACAGCGGUGGCUAUGUGGCGGCGAAGCCGAGGAUUCACGAGUGCUCUGUCUGCGGGCUCGAGUUCGCCGUCGGCCAGGCGCUGGGCGGACACAUGCGGCGCCACCGGGCGUCGUCGUCACAGGCGCAAGGGUCGACGACGUUGUUUUCGCGUGGCCCAGCGCCGGCGGAGCCGGCCAGAGAGGUGGCGGUGGCGGAGCAGGAGGCCAGAAAGGUGGUGUUGGACUUGAACUUCCCGCCCUUGGAGAAUGACGUCGAUCUCAAACUGGGUUUGGGAUUGAAUUUGGAGAGUGCCGAUAAUUAACAAGAUUGCCGUGGUCGAUUAAUUGCUGUUCAUACUGCUCGCUAAUCACCCUAUUGCUUAAUUUCUUUUAUCUGCCAGAUUUUUUUUUUUGCCGGUGUUAAAUCUUAAUUAACCAUGCAUAUGGCCUUAUGUUCCACAGGAAUAUAAUUAUAAUUAAGAAUAUCGAUUCCCGCGGCC